UUUUCGUCCAUAUAACCGGGCAUGGCAAAAGCCGGCACAUCACUCAUCUCCCCAUCUUCCCAUCCCGUUCCCCCCAGACACACUUUUGACUUAUGUCGGGUCUCAGUGGCCAACCCUUUUUCUACUUUCGCCAUCACCUGCCAAACAUCCGUAUUGCUGGCGCCCUUCUUGAGUCAAGUUUUAGUCCUAUAUUUACAUUCACCGUCGACACUAUAUUAGUCCUUCUCGACUUACUUACUUACUUACUUACACAAAGCCCUUCUAACCUCUCUCACUACGCCAUCCCCCCUCGCCCCCAGCUUCAUAGCUCUCCCGUCCCCAGCUUUCAUAACUUACUAACUAGUUCAUUCAGCUGUAUAAGCUCCAGCUGCCCCCUUUGGUCCGACCCGACAAAGAGCAAGCAAGCUGAACAAGAGAUUCCAUUCCGGUGCAUUUUCUCAACCUCUCCGCCCAUCCACCCAAUCACGCCCCAUCUUCGCCCUCCUUUCGCUGCACAAUCCGGCCGGGCCUCCACACCGAGUUUCCCGCGUGGUCUCCCGGGUGACUUUUUCUGUCGUCCGAAAAAACAAAAAAAAAAUGGGAGGGGGGAGGGCGUGUGCAUUAUCGUCCUCUAGCCCCCCCUCCCCUCCAUGCGAAUAUCCCGCUUUUUUUCUUUCUCUCUCUCUUUUUACGGCAUCGUCUAGACUACUAGUAACCUUGACGUGCCGUGCCUUGCUU